AUGUGGAAAAGUCAUUCGUUUUUGCACGAUUUUCUUUCAGCCCAACGAUGUAUUUGUCGCAAGUGCCGUCUGCAGAAGUGCAUGAACGUAGGAAUGUCUGCAGAAGGUGUCCAAAACAAGCGCGAUCCUAUUAAUCCACGAAUCUGCGAGAAGAUAGAACCGGAGAAGUACACGAACGUUAUGACAUCGAAUCCAUCGGAAAACGAGAGCGUUGAGGAUACGCGCAAGAAAGAAGAAACACGAUGCAAUGUCGUCAAAAAAGGUGUGUUUAUUAAACUAUUACGUGAAGCACUCAAGACGUAUGUGCCUUCAGAGAUAUCAGCACGAAUGUGA